AUGAUUUUCAACAUAAUUCUGACGAUCUUAUUCUCCCCAGAUGUCCUAUUUCCAUUGCCGGCGGCUGCAAUGCGCGGAUUUCCAGCCAUUCAAAAUGAAGUCUACGUCAAGGGGAUGGUAAAUUCGACUUGCGCGAUAUUUACAGUAUGUGUGCGGAGCGGUCGCGUUGCGGUUUUGGCGCCAAUUCGAAAAAUAACAGAUUUCCAUUCACAAUUUGAAGGAUCUUUUUAUAGAAACCCUUUUUAUACAUCUAAAAAAAUGUCUAGUAGCUUUUUUUGAAGAAUAUUUUGUGUAAACUAAUCGAUAACACAAAAACCGUUAGAAAAAGAAACUUCAAUUUCGCGCCAAAACCGCGACGCGACCGCUUUGCAAGGAUGCAACGAAAAAAGGGAGUCUUUUUCCUUUUCCGAGGGUUACUGUAAGUCAUAUCUCCGCAAACUUUUCUUUUCCGAGAAUUACUGUAGGUCGUAUCUCCGCAAACACGCCAAUUGCGGACUUUUACAUACAGUAUCCCUAGAAACAGAAAAAUUCGCCGUUGUCGUAGCACCUUCGCAGGCGCACCCAAAACGCCGUUUUCAGACAAGAAAUGGAUUUUUUUUAGAAUAAAAUCAGGUUUUCAGUUCAUUUUGACAAUAAUAAGCGGUAUGCUGAUGUUCACCUCCAUCAAUGAUUGCUGUUAUGUUCGAGCGAUGACGAUUUUCAACAAACAGAAUGCUGUCGCCUACUUUUACUCCUACAAGUUUGUUAUAUAUUAUUUCAUUUACUAGGUUCCUUUUCUUAGAAUCGUUAUUUUUUUGAUUUUGAACUCCAAAAACUAAAGAAAAACGAAAUUUUCGAUAGACUGUACUGAAAAAAAUUUUUUUAAAAAAAUGCUUGAAAUUUCGAAAGAAAAAUAAGAACGACUUGAAAAAAAUUCGUAUCAAAAAGACCUUAAAUAGUACUCAAAAAAAGCUCUUCGUCUCGAGACCUUUAUGAAAUUUUCCUAUGCUCCUUUAAAUUCCAUGGCAAGUCAUUUUGGAAGAGAUCAGGUAGGGACCGCAGACCAAUUUUCAAAAAAUUUUUUUCAGCAUUGAGCUUUGUAUGGUUUGAUAGCUGUUUCGAUUCAAAACUCAGAACCGUUUAGUUUUUCGAAAAAGAUUGAGGAUGAAAAAAGUUAUGACGAAAAAUGUGGCGCGCCGCGCACCAUUUUUUUAGUACUGAAAUUUUGGUAUUAUCCAUUUUGACAUUUUUCUCGAUUUUUCUUCUAGAACAAGUUUUGAUACUGGUCUAUUAUGAUGUAACAAAUCAUAAUAGAGUGCUAAAAUGAUGCUCAUCAGCUAGUUUGCCGAAAAAGUCGGUUUUUACCAGAAAACAAAAAACUGACGCUUGCGGGCAUCGAACUCGCGACCUCAAAAUGAAACUUCGUAGCGCACGCGCUGCGCCAUGCUGUCAGGUCUAGCGAGUGGAGCCUCCAUCCGCCAUACCCUUGAGCCGUUUGAAUAGCACAGAUUGCCUAUUUCAAAAAUAAAAACUUGAAGUAAUUCAGCUAUUUUUAUCAGAAUAUGUUUGCAAAUCUUUACUCAAACUUUCCGUGAAAAUUCACUUCGAAAAAAACUGUUUUUUUAGUGCUUUUUUUCCUCGUUUAACGAUCGCUGCCUUAAAACGGCCCCGUAAAUUUUUUUGGCAAAGACGAAUUUUUUUAUUUUAUUCUUUUUAAUUGAAAGAUUUUUUUCACUAAUAAAUGUAUAUAAUCGUUUAAAAAAACCUGCGUUCGGCCGCUUUUCUGUGUGAUAAACGCCGCUAAUUUUAUUCUUUAGUUUCAAGAGCAUUUUUUUGCGUAUCACACAACUUUUUCAAGCACAUAUGCUGUGGAGAAAAAAAUUUAAGUAAGCCCAUGGUCUAAAUUUUGAAUAAACAAAAAAACUCGAUUAUAUUCGCUUAUUAACGAUAUUUUUGAAUUAUGACUUUCGGCACUCCCUAAAAAUUUUUUUGGCAAAGACGAAUUUUUUUAUUUUAUUGUUUUAAAAUUACCGUUACUUGAAUCAAAAAUCAUUAUAUAAAAAAAGAAAGAGUGCGUUCGAUCUGAAAACACAUGAAAAAGCAAAAAAUGACAAAAAUUUUUAGUUCCAUUCACGUUUUUGUACGACAUUCCGCGAGAACGCAUCAAAAAAGCGUGAAAUAUUUUUUAAACGAAAGAGGAAGCUUUCCUGUACAUGUGUGUCAAAUUUUAUUAGCCAGUUCCACAUAUUUUGCAACUACAACAAAAUGAAAGUUGAAAACCAAAAAAAAGCCACUUUUUCUAUCGCGAAAAGGGGCGUGGCUUUGCGGUCCCUAAGAUCAGGAGAGCAUAAAAGCUUAAGGAUUUCUUUGAAUGAAAAAUAAAAAAUAAUAACUUAGAAACGCCAGAGUGGUCCCUAAAGGGGCAACCUUAAUGCCCUUGAAGAUUUCCAGUUAGUAGCUUGGAAAAGUGGCCACUCUAGGGAUCAUGCAAGUGGGUCCUGUACUUCUUUCCGUUACGCCUUUUUGUCUUUCGAACCAUUAAAAAAAUCAAAAGACCACUAUAGAGGCCGCUUGAGCUUUAAGGAUCAUACCCUGGACUCUCAUAGGGACCACCUCACUUUCAGCCCUCUAGGGGGCACUAUUUUCUCCCCCAUAGGGGCCGUUUUUCUUCCUAACCCCUCAAGGGACCACUUCGGCGUUUCUAAGCAAGUCUGUCAGCUUUUUCACAAGUUAGCUCUAAGAACUUUGAUGAAAAAGAAACUGAUGAACUGGGAAAAAUUUUAGUGGCCACUAUAGAGGCUCGCCAAGGACUACUUGGAGAGGACUCUAAAGUGGUCACUAAACCCGCCUCUAUAGUGGCCACUAUUUUCCGUUUGAGUCGCCACUUCAGUAAUUUUUCAUUCAGUAUACCUUCCAGUAACCUGAAAAUUUUAAAACAAACCGAUUGGACCAGUUAUUUUGAUCCCUUGACCCCUAGAGUGGCCACUAAGAGUGGUUUAGUAGUAGCACUUAGACCUCUAUAGUGGCCACUAAUUUUCAACCCCUUGAGUGGCCACUAAUUUGACUACUAUAGUGGUCACUAAAGCGUCAAAACCCUAUAGAGGCCACUAAAAUUUUCCCAGAAAGUUUGAAAAAUCAAAAAAUCACCAAUUUUCAGAGGAAUCUUCCUUUCCGUCCUUCGAAACGUCGUUUUUACGCUCCUGAUUCUGCCGCCAAUGUUGUAUGGACCCAUCAGCACCAAGGUUUCUUAAUAUAUAUCCAUUUUUCUGCAUACACAUCGACGCAAUCGUUCAUAAAUUCAAAAUUGCAGGAAUUCUUGAGAAGAACAAGAGAAAACGGUGAAAUGCGCUACUUGGGAUCCUACGCCAAAGACCCAAACAUGGUCUACCUGGCUUUCGACUUGGACAAUUGGAUCGUUUAUUUUCUCAGUGAGCUUUUUAAUUUUUUCAAACUCUCCCGACUACCAAGCGUUGCGGUCGCGACGCGGUUCUUGGCGGGAAAUGAAAUUUCAAAAACAAGGCGCUUUAAUAAUAGUUCUGGGACAAUUUUUUUUCUUUCAUGGAUUGAUGAUUUGGAGCUGCAAAAUGGUUAUUUUUGAGGCCUUCGGGAGCUGCAAAAUAAUUAUUUUUACGACUUUUGGGAGCUGCAAAAUUAUUUUUACGACUUUUGGGAGCUGCAAAAUUGAAAUGAAGGCUCAUUUUUGGGAGCUGCAAAUUGAUACUGUUAUUCAUUUUUUGGGAGCUGCGAAUUGUUUUGUUUUUUUUUUACAACCUUUGGGAGCUGCAAAAUUAGCACUUUGAUCAUUUUGGGAGCUGCAAAUUGUUUUUCGCGUCUUCUCAUGAUAACACUUUACAGAAUAGAUGAAAAUUCUUCGCAAUUUUCCCAGUUUUCGAACUUUUAUUUCCCGCUAAAAGCCGCGUAGCAACCACAACAAGUACUUUAAAUCAGCAAAAUUGACAAUAAUUAAUUUAAUUUAGUUCUCGAACUGCUUGGCGGCCUUGGAUUGAUACAUUUUGGCAACUUGGCGGCGUCUUAUUUGAUGCUUAGGGUUGGUUUUUUUCUCCACUCCACUAUAAUUGAAAUGAAAGUUUUGAAAAACCAUAACUAAAAAAAUUCGCGGGCACACGACAAAAAAAGUGAAACUUUCUAAAAACAAAAAGUAAUUUUUUUGAAACUUUGAACUUGGAAAUCUUCAUCUUCACACGAAAUUUUUUUCGGCUAAAUUUCAAAAAAAUGAUAGCAAAGGGAAAUCAUCUCCUUGUCAGCAAGGAUUUUCUUUUUACAUAAUAUAAUCAAUCUAAAUCUUGAAUCACAGAAAAUCAACGCGACGCGAGAAUACAUGUCGGAAAGAACUUUCAAACAGCAGAAACAACUCACUUGGAUGCUCAUUUUUCAGGUUUGUAAUACAAGAAUCGUAUUGAGUUUCAAUCAGAAAACAAGAAAAAACAUUUAUUUGAAACAAAAAAAUGACAAAAAAAUGCGUAAAUCCACCUCAACAUGCGCGGAGCUGUGCGUCCCUCGGUGCUUGCGGACUUUCCAGCCUACCGUAACCCUCUUAUUCAGAAUUUAUAUCCAAUUGUCGGUUGUUCGAUACCAGUUUUGGUCUUCGGUUCAGCUACAAUACUCGGGAUCGCCGAAGUCACUUCCAGCGACUUUUUCAAACACUUUACCGUGCUCUCAAUGCGACUUUAUCCAUAUAUGAGCGUCAUUUUCAGGUAAAAUCAUCAUUUUUCCUCAAACUUUCAUGAAAAUUUUAGUUUUGUAUUUCGUUCGGCCAUACCGCCAAUUCUUCAGAAGGAUCCUCAAAAGAGUUAGUUUUUGAAGUUUCUCAUUUUAACUGCUUAUUACUCAUGUUACAGUCAGUUCCCUUCCUUGGUCAAUAUAUCGAGGAGAAGACGGUUUUCGUGGAUAUUCGCACAGUUUCCGUUGUUCACCCGUCUGUCCGACGUCCAAAAUAA